GUAGCAGGUUUCCGGGCACUGUGUGCAUCACGCAAGGCACCCCCGAUUUCGAAAUCGCUUCAGUUGAGAAUUGUGGAGCUCACUGGGGGCUAUAUCCAGCAGCAUGUCGUGGGACUGGGCCGAAUCUGGUUUAUCCUGACCACAGUAUGUUUCGCUACUCUGUGGACGCAACGAAAUCGAGUCGUUUUUGAAGAUGAAGAAACAUCAGAGUCAAGUGUUGCGGAAUUUCAAGUCGCCGGUACACGCCAGAUACAGGCAGUAGCAAGACACGAGAGCCGAGAUCCUAAAACGGCAGACAACGGUGCUGCGUUACAGCUGUGUUUGGAUAGUUCUCUGAGUAUGCCGACAAAUCCGUCCAGGCAGACAUUUCGACAAGCAGCCCCAGGCCUUUGCUGGAAGCAAUCAAAACCAAUCUAG